CUCCACCACCACCACCUCCUCCUCCUCCUCCUCACGGCUCCGUGUGGACACUUCGAGCCGAGCAGCAGCUUCGCCUCACGGAUCAAAACCUCCAGAAGAACCCGGGACGAGUCUCAGACUCUAUGAGUGAAAACAAACUCAAGAGUCAGGAACUCUCCAGCUGCGACCCAACUUCCGCUUCACUAACCAGCUAACCGGUUAGCAUCCAGUCACGAGGGGACGAGAAAGUUGAGAAAUGAUCUGAACGUGUCUGAAAGUGUUUCGACUGCAGCCACUAAACCGUGAAACAUGGAGGAUGCCGGUGGCCCGGCUCAGAGGAAGAUGUCCACAGCUGGAGACAGUCUGUACAAAGUGCUGGGUCUGGAGAGAGGAGCCACUCAGGAGGAGAUCAAGAAGGCUUACAGAAAACUGGCCCUAAGGCAUCAUCCUGAUAAGAACCCAGACAACCCAGAAGCUGCAGAGAGAUUCAAGGAGAUCAACAACGCCAACUCAAUCCUCAGUGACGAGAACAAACGGAAGAUCUACGACAAGUACGGAUCCAUGGGCCUCUACGUGGCCGAGCAGUUUGGCGACGACAGCGUGAAACUGCACUUCCUCCUGAACAAGUGUUGGUUCAAGGCUCUUCUGGUGUGUGGCUGCAUCUUCACCUGCCUCUGCUGUUGCUGCUGCUGCUGUUUCUGCUGCGGGAAGUGUGCGUCCUCCUCCCCCGAACAGGACGGCUCCUUCUACAUGGACCCAGACGACCUGGACGGAGAGUUCGGAGAACACGACGAAGCAGGAGAUCCUGUGAUAGUUGUUCAGCCGAGCUCUGCUGCUGACUCAGGAGGAGAUCAUGUGAUCGUUAUGCAGCCGAGCUCUGCUGCCGCCGCCGAUGACAACUCAGGUAAGAACGCAUCGAUUGUGAUUCAGCCUCGUGCGACUGUCGGCACCUCGGGGCCGGGGGACACCCAGCAGGAGGAGAAGGAGUCAGCUCAGGAAUGAAGAUGUGAAUGAAUAAGUGAACUGUGGCCGACCUGCAGAAAACCCAUUCAUCUCUCAGGUGUUUUCGUUUACAUGAACCGGGCAGCGAUCUGAUUGUGCCAAAGAUUCUUUUCUUUUUUUCUUUUUUUAAAUGUCAAAGCGUAUUCUUUGAUCCCGUCUUAAAUGUAUUUCUUAAAGAUAGAAUAAUAUGAAAUAACUCUUGAUUGAAUUAUCUUAAAAUGACCAAAUUUGGUUUGUGUCAUAUCCUCUUCACCUGUGUCUUUGUCCGUCUCUUCCAUAAUUUGAUUCGUUACCUCAUGGAGAAGAAGUAUUUUCCAAAGUGUUGAGCUGAGGGGAGUAUUUGUACUGUACAAGCACUUGAAACGAAAGCCAACAGUGACUUUAUUUUAUUUUUACUUUUUGUGCCAAAUGUUUCUGGAUGCUCCAUAUAUAUAUAUAUUAUAAGAGCUUUAGCCUCUGUGGUGUUUGAGACGACUUGUUCCCUGCGAAACUGUGACCAUACGUUAAAGGUCCAGUGCGUAAGAUUAACCUUAGAAUGGGCCCUUUACAUUUAAAUACUUUAUAUUUAGAAGGAAGGGGAGGGUGAGGUGAGGGGUAUUCAGCUGCAACAUGCAACUUCACCACUAGAUGUCACUAAAUUCUACACACUGAACCUUUAAAUACUGGAAUCAUGUUAUCUUGUAGAUUCAGAGAUAUAUAUUUUAAUUCUGAGUAUUUUAUAUAUAUAUAUAUAUUUAUAUAAAACUAAAUCAUGUCAUCUUUAAUCAUGUUUAUAUUAUAUUUUAUGAUUCUGCUGGGUGUGCAUCAUUGGGUUUCAUCUGCAUCUAAUUUUAUUUGUACAAAUCUGUAUCUGUUCCAUCUAUAUUUGUUUCAUCAGGAUCAAGCAGGUCAGACGAUGUAUUUAAUUAAUUCAAGAAAGUGCCAAACUUAUUUAUUUUAUUUUUUCAAAUGUUUGAUUAAAGAUUUAAAAGAACGUUUGUAUAUUUGGUUCAUCAUCUCAACAUUCCCUGGUAUUUUACAGACUUUUUUUUUUACAUGUUUGUUUCUGUUAAAUUGAACAUUUGUCUGAUUAAAUAA